CCGGACCGCAGCCAUGGAGCGGGCCACUCUGGACCCGGAGCGACCGCUGCAGCCCGCGCCCCUGGAGCCGCUGGGCCGCCCCGACGCUGGGCUGGAGGCUUCGGCCAGUGAGGAAGCGGAGGGGGCCCAGGAAGAGGGCUCCGGGGUCGAUAGGAUGACAGAAAAUAAUUUUUGGUUAAAGAAGAUGGAAAUCAGUGUUUCAGAAGCAGAAAAGCGAACUGGAAGAAAUGCCAUGAACAUGCAAGAAACAUACACGGCUUACCUCAUUGAAACAAGGUCAGUUGAACAUACUGAUGGCCAAAGUGUCCUAACAGACUCCCUAUGGAGGCGAUAUAGUGAAUUUGAGUUGUUGAGAAACUACCUUUUAGUUUACUAUCCACAUAUUGUUGUGCCACCUCUACCGGAAAAACGGGCAGAAUUUGUUUGGCAUAAACUCUCUGCUGACAACAUGGAUCCAGAUUUUGUGGAAAGACGACGUAUUGGUUUAGAAAACUUUCUCUUGAGAGUUGCUUCACAUCCCAUCCUUUGUAGAGACAAAAUCUUCUAUUUGUUUUUAACACAGGAAGGUAACUGGAAGGAGACUGUAAAUGAAACUGGGUAUCAGCUGAAGGCAGACUCCAGGUUAAAAGCGCUUAAUGCAACAUUCAGAGUGAAAAACCCAGACAAGAGAUUUACUGAUCUAAAACACUACAGUGAUGAACUACAGUCUGUCAUCUCACAUCUUCUUCGAGUCAGAGCUAGAGUAGCAGAUCGACUCUAUGGUGUAUAUAAAGUGCAUGGGAAUUAUGGACGAGUUUUCAGUGAAUGGAGUGCUAUAGAAAAAGAAAUGGGUGAUGGACUGCAGAGUGCUGGUCAUCAUAUGGACGUGUAUGCAUCUUCUAUUGAUGAUAUUUUGGAAGAUGAAGAACAUUAUGCAGAUCAGUUAAAGGAGUAUCUUUUUUAUGCAGAAGCACUGCGGGCUGUGUGCAGGAAACAUGAACUUAUGCAGUAUGAUUUGGAGAUGGCUGCUCAGGACUUAGCAUCCAAGAAGCAGCAGUGUGAGGAACUGGCAACUGGGACUGUGAGAACAUUCUCUUUGAAAGGAAUGACUACCAAGCUCUUUGGUCAAGAAACUCCAGAGCAGAGAGAAGCCAGAAUAAAGGUGCUAGAAGAACAAAUAAAUGAAGGAGAACAACAGCUAAAGUCUAAAAAUUUGGAAGGCAGAGAAUUUGUGAAAAAUGCGUGGGCUGAUAUUGAACGCUUCAAAGAACAGAAGAACCGUGACUUAAAGGAGGCCCUCAUAAGCUAUGCAGUCAUGCAGAUCAGUAUGUGUAAAAAGGGCAUUCAGGUUUGGACCAAUGCUAAGGAAUGCUUUAGCAAGAUGUAAUCCUGUGAAAUGAAUUUCUCUUCAAUCAAAGUGCCCCAAAACAGAAGCACAAGUAAAUAAGAGAAAUUUAAGUUGCUACCCAGUAUACAUAAAAAUAUAUAAUAAGUUGAAUAAAUUCAGCUUUCUUUAAUCUGAUUGUAGUUGUGUUAAUAUAGCACAAAAAGGAUAUAUUUUAAUGAGGAUUAAAUAUUAUAAUUUGAGGUUUUGGGGACUGGUGCUGAUUCCAAAAAGUUAAUUUAAUAGUACACAGGAACAGAUUGUUUGUCAGGCUUUUGAACUAAUGUCUGAAUGUCAGGAUGUUAAUUUCUGGAUGCUCAUUUCACUGCUGUUUCAGAUCUGUUAAUGUGUGGGUUUUUUCCUAAGAUUGAAUUCCUAUAUAUAUUGGUAAGACCCACUAAUCUGUUAUAGGGGGUUAUUUUCUCUUGCCUUAUAGUUGAGCUGUUUCGUUUGACAAAGCUCAGCAGAAACUUAGCAUGAAAUCUAAGAUUUUCUUCCACACUCAUUGAUGCCCCCUGUAAUAUCUGCAUACACUAGAAAAUGCCUUCAAUUUGUGUUUUACCAGAAUUUUGAUACUGGUCAUCAAUUUUAUACUGCCAACAAAGAUGACUCAACUUCUCAGAUAUAUAGUGGAUACAUUGUUAUGACCUAGGAAUUGCUAUAUAGAAAGUUUUAAUUGAGUAUGUUGCAUAUAAGAAUUAAAUUAUUCUCUAAUAAUUCUUAACCUCAAUGAUGAGCCUAAAUUGACUCUGCUUGGCUCUCUACACAUGGCAUUUCAGGGUACAAGAUGUAGCACUUAAAUGUAUAAGAUAAAUGUAGUAAACAUAUGUGUUGGUAUUUUCACUGCUAACAUCGUUCUUUUCUAUUGCUUGGCUCUAAUUUUUGUAAAGAUAAAUUAUAUUGUGUUUUUAUGUACGUUUUUGUGGUAUAUGUUCAGAAACCAAGCACUCUCUUUUUGCUAGCUUUGCAGAACCUUAAAUGUAUACUCCUUAUUUCUAAUGAUGUAAAAAAAAAUCCCCAGUACUGUUUAGCAUUUGACUUUUUUACAUGUUGAAAAUGUUGCUGGGUUUUUGUGCUGUUUGCCAAAAUUAUACCAUAAAUAAAUCAAGUAU